AUGUUCUUCUUUUCUGUCCUGGUGAUGGCCGCAUGGACCCUUGGCCCGCGCAUUACGGAUUCCGCAUUUUCCAUGUGCCAGAAUUUGGAUCUUGAAACGGCGCGAGCCAGAAGGGUUCAGGCAAUCCGAGGCCAGAUUCUUAGCAAGCUGCAGCUGGAGACGCCCCCCAAGGAAGAAGGGGUCCCUCAUCCUUGCCCCCCCGAGGUGAUGCUCCUCUACAACAGCACGCGGGAGCCGGUGAGGCAGCUGGCCACCUGCGAGGGACGACGCGCGGCUCUGCGCGAAGACGAGGAAUAUUACGCCAAAGAAAUCCGGCGGGUGGAGAUGUUGACGUUUGGGCAUGCUGACAAUUCCAUCCCCGGCCCCUUCUCUACCCCUUUCUUCCGGUUCCUGCACUUUGGGGUCUCCGCUGCGCACCCCAACUCCAGCAAGCUCAUCCAGGCGGAGCUGAGGAUCUACAAGGUCCCGAAUCCUGGAUCUCACGCCACCGAGCAGCAUGUGGAGCUCUCUCAGGUGAGGCCAACGAGGGAGCCUUCAGCCCAGACUCAGCGUUAUGUGGGAAGCCGAAUUUUACGGCCCAGGCAUCGGGCCGAGUGGGUGUCGUUUGAUGUCACCGAUAACGUCCGUCGUUGGCUGAGGAACAGAGGGAAGAAACUCAGCUUCAAACUCGAAUUGCAUUGUCCCUGUUGCGGUUCAAUCCCGGCCUGGAACACAAUUAAUUCCCAGCACGCUGAGCCUCUGGAAACUCUCUUUGCAGGUCUGGAUGAAAACCUCAUCAAGGAAGCGUGGAAAGGCUGGUCCAGGCUCCCGGAUCUCACACACAAAGCCCCACACCUGAUCCUCACCUUGCUGCCCCCAAACCAGCUGGACCCCGCCCCGAAGGGUCGGCAUCGCCGGGCAGCUCACACCCGCAGCUGCCCCAGGAAUUCGGAUAAAGACUGCUGCCUUCACCCACUAUAUAUAGAUUUUCGGAAGGAUCUGAAGUGGAAGUGGAUCCAUCAGCCCAAAGGAUACAAAGCGAAUUUCUGCUCUGGCAGCUGCCAAUAUAGCCUAACUACCAAUAUGCGUCAUAACAUGGUGCUUCCCCUAUACAGUAAGGUGAACCCCGAAGGCUCAGCUGCCCCUUGUUGCGUGGCCCGCAAAUUGGAACCUUUGACCAUCCUGUAUUACGUCGGCCGCCAGCCCAAAGUCCAGCAGCUGAGCAACAUGGUUGUGAAAUCCUGCCGUUGCCGUUAA